UGCCCACCACCUCUUUGCCCUUUACACUACCUUAUUAGUCAUUAGCAUUGGCAUGCUUUUUUUUUCCCCUGAAAGAAGCAAGAGCAAAGAUGGCCGGAGCCCUUAGCUUGUUCGGUGCUCUUCGUCGGUCUUUUUCUAAAUCUUCAUGCAAGACUGUUUCUGUGAUUGAUAACAAGCAAAUGGUCCUGAAGCCAAUGCUCGAGAAAAGCGAUGUUGUUUCUAGUAGUCCUAGUAACAGUUAUCGACCUCGUUUUUCUGCAAUAUCUAUUGAAGAUGCUGCUGCCAUAAAGAUCCAAGCUCAUUUCAGGGGCCAUCUGGCAAGACGUGCAUUCAGAGCGCUGCGGAGUUUAGUGAAGUUGCAAGCAUUGGUACGUGGAGUGUGUGUUCGGAGACAAGCACGGAUUGCAGUUCAUUGCAUGCAGGUUCUAGUCAGGUUGCAGGUUAGGGUGCGAGCAAGGCAACUGUUGAGUAGCUCUGGUCAUGCAAACCUCUCUUAGAUAAAAAUUAAUUCUUGUAUGCAAAUGAUACAUUAUAUUAAAAUCAUUUGAUAUGGAGCAUAUAUAUACCAGUAAGAUGACAGAUCAGUGACUGAAAUUCAUUUUUAACAAUGCAUUUGGUUAAGGUAAGAAUCACUGACUUGUGCUUGUUUUUAUUGUUCCCGCGGGACAAG